AAAGUCAGCUCAGCUCAGCAGGGAUUCGGGAGUUGAUUUGGGGGAGUAUAGGAGAGGAGAUGUUGUCCCUUUGAUUGCUCAGUGCGGGAGGAGGCUGACAGGUGAUGGGAAGCAGUUGGAAGAGGAAAGAGCCUGACUGCUCCCAGCUGUUGGAAGCAGCGAUGCCAGCACACAGGGCUCAUGCACAGGGCUGUACCUGCUGCCCUUGCCCCACACACACAGAGGUUUGUGCAGGCACUGCUGCAGGAUGGUGGCCCCCAACCACCCCCAGACUCUGGACUGGAAGCAGGGCUGCAAGCAGAUGUGUGAGCAUCGAGCCCAUGGAUGAGAUCUGCAGUGGCCCCUCCAGUGCAGGAGCUGCAGUACACUUGGAGAAGAGAGAUCCAGGGUAACAUUCCAAAUGAAGAGCCUUUGGAAACUAACAGAGCCCCCAGACAGCAGCAUUUACACAGGUGGGGGGCAGCAAUCCAGCAGGGUAUAACAUGCAGCUCUUUGGAGAAUGAAUAAUGCCAGGAACAGGUCCUGUGUUAGCUCAGCAUCAAAGCAUGCAGCACAGCUCCCCAGACAGCUGCAUCGUCACAAGGUUGGUGCAAGGGCUGGAGGUGAGCUGCCAUCCCUGCCCAGGCACAGACAUUUUCUGCUCCGUCAUCCUGAGUUUUCUGCUCUGCUUUGCCAGAUUGUUCCAGGGAAGCUGUCAGCACAGCACGGCGCGUUCUUCCAAUGCCAUCUAGUGUCUGCACAGGCAGUCCCUGAGCUCUGCACUAUGGCACCAGCUCUGAUUUAUUGCAGAAUGCUCUCUGAGGGCCAACAGGCUGCUCCGGCUGGUUAUUAAUGGUAGUACCUGCAGCCUGGGUAACUAACUGGUCAGUACACGGGUUAGGCUUGAUUAUUUUUUCUAUCACUUCCAUUUUGCCAUACAAGCCCACCCUGGCAGGAUGGAUUGUGAGGAUGCAAUGACACGUCCGGGGUGAUUAAAAUCUUUCAGCUUUCAGCCACUUGUCUGGGAGCCCCAACAUCACCUGAGGCUUAAUCACUCAGAAAACUGCUGUCAUGUCCUAUUGUCACUGUAUUGGGAGCACGACCUCUUUCCCAUUUAGCUGCCAUUUCAAAAUAAUAUGACUUGCCAGGGGACAGGCAUGACUCAGGAGGCUGGUAAUAGGAUAUAAAGACUUUGACCUGUAGGUCAUCCAUCUGAACGCUGCCAAGGUCAGCAGCAAGGGCAGAGAUGUUACUGGCAUGAUGAUUAUUUUGCCAGAGGACCCAACACAGAAAUAACUCGGCGCCGUUGUGGAAAGCAACAGGGUCUGAAGGCUGGGUUAGAAUUAUAGCAUCAUUAAGGUUAAAGAAGAUCACUAAGAUCAUUGUGUCCAACCGCUGACCCAACCUCACCAUGCCUGCUGCACUAUCUCCCUCAGUGCUACGUAUUGAUCCCAUUUGGAGAGCAUCCUGGGCCCAGAGUUCUUCUCCAUUUGGGAUUUGGGAUCUGAUGGCUGUUCAUGGUCCUAUUCUUCCCUCACCAUCAUUGUGCCCUCCUCUCCACUCAUUGCUAUCAGCUGCUGUGAUUCAGGUCAGCACUGACCUCUUUUGCAUCCUUGGUCACCAGCAACCAUGCGGAUUUAUCUCCUCAGUAGCACAACAUCCCAUCCAGUCGGUUUGAUUCCACAAUUAAUUAAGCUCUCUCUAGAAAUGAGGUUACUCCCUCCAGCCACACUUAUAAAUAUUAGCAGAUGAAUGGGAACUGGCCACAUUGGAUGGCCUCUACCAGGCUGUGCCCAGGCGUUUGCCAUUGCAGAAACAGGGCUGCAGUACAGCUGCAAAAUGCUGCUCAUUGAACCCCUGCACCUUCAUGCUGCAUCCCCUCCUCAUUAGUGCAGUGCCCUCACCCCACUGCUGCUCCAGGAGGUGCUUUAAUUGCUGUUGGCCUCAUUAGCAGUGCCCCCUUCUCACCAUCCUUCCUUUAGUUGCAGACUCCCUCCUUCCCCAGCUCUAAGCAGAACAGAACCUGUUACAUGGGGUGAAGAGCCCAGGUGCCCCAUCCCUUCCUGCAGAGCUGGGGUUGCUUUGGUGCUUCCCAUGCACUGAGAGGGGUGGGAGCAUCCCAGCACAGGGCUGGGCACAGGGCACACUGCUGCUCACGUUACCUGCAACAGCUCUGGAUGCUGGUGUGACUUUCCCAGGAGUUCAGCCAACAGUCGGCCUGCUCGGUGUGUUUGGUUUGCUCUAAUCUGUUUGGUUUUCUAAUUGUCUGCAAACAAAGUGCCUUCUUCUUUGCAUAGCAAACAUGUUGGGUAGAGGCAGCACUGCUGCAUGGGGUCAUGCCUGAUCUCUGCUCCCAGGACCUGGGUUUCCAAAGCAGAAUACAGCCCCUGUUCCCCAUCACUGCUCCCCUCCUGCUGGCUGCUGGGGAGCAGGGAACGCCACGAACUCUGAGCCUGAUGCCAUGCACAGCAGCUCCAUCACUGCUCCCAGAGCUCUUUUGCUGUAUUUAUCCAGCAUCAAUAAUGGGAUUCUGCCCUACUAAACAGCAUCUGCAUGCAACAUCACUGAAAGCAGGAGUGAUUCCUGCUGCGUUAGUGCAUAAAAGCCUUUGCAAUCAUCUUGUGCUAUGGACCUGAAGAAGGGUUUUAAAUAUAAGGCUCUUUAAUAAGAUGAAAAUAUCCUCUCCUUCCCAGCAUUCUGCCAUGGUUUGAGCAGGAGGAACACUCUGGUUUUGUCGGGGAUGCUCCUUUGCUGUGGGUUCCCCAGCAGCCCCAAUGCAGCAGCCCCUCCUCACCACUCCAGCUUGACUUUACUAAAUACAAAAUAGAAUAACAAAGAAUCAAGCUUUUCAGGCAGAAAACCCAGGCAGCAAAAGGACGACACCGAGGAGCCCCACAAAGCUGCAUAGGGCUGGAGAAGAGCUGUGUGUGCAGCAGGGAAAUGGGCACAGCCCCAUUCACUCACCUCCCUGCAGAGCUCACUCUGCAGUGUGAUUCAUGUCAGGAGCUUGGCGAGUGACUCUGAGAUGAAUGACGCUAUAUAAAUGCAAAGCAUUAUUAAUAUUUCACGUUGUAGUGAAAGUGGACUAAUGGGGCUUUUUCCUGCAAGACGGAGUGCUGCCAUUAACACACCUCUGUGUGCUGACCCGCCUGGGUGAGCUGCUCCCCAUGGGCAGGAUGCAGCCUCUGGCACCUCUGUGCCUCUGCAAGUCUGAACUGCUUGGUCAAUGGAAGUGGGAAGAGGCAGCAGGGAGCACACAUAGCCCCAAUGUACCCAUAAAAGGAUGACUUGGGCCCCACAGUGCCAAGCUGUGAGAACCCAUUUGGAGUGCCUCCAUCACUAAAGGGGAACCUGGAAACCCCCCUCCCAUCCCAGCUGUCACUCUGACGAUUUAAAACAGAAAAGGGCUUGUUUGAUUUCAAACUGCAGAACUCUUCCCUGGAGCCAUCAGCAAACAGUGGUAAUUUACUUUACAGCUGUUUAGAUUUGUUUCUCUACAUUUCUUUUUCUUUUUUUUUUUACCCCCAGUGGAAUUGCAAAUGAAACAUCUAUUUGCUCUUCAAAUGGUGUCAGCCCUACCUGUGCUUUGGCACUGCAUGCAGCACCCAGGCAGCCCCUGCACUGCUGUGGGAUGGGGUUCCCAUCUAGGGAGGACUUUGGGGCAGUCCCUGAGAGUCCAAGCAAGAGAAGGUGUGGGACAGCAAUAGAAACCACAUGGUGGAACAGCAGCACCCACUCUACUGGGACACCCCAUUGUACCCAAGACAGCCAGGCACCCUGAGCACAUCCCUGCAGUGGUACAACCCUUCCUGCAGUGCAGGCAGAGUGUGACCCAAUACAAGGAUCUGCCUCAAAGCCAACCCCUGCCCCCUGGGAAUCUCCUCCUCGCUCCCAGGAGCCUUGUGAUGACUCACACCACGCACACCCUGUGAUGAGCUCCAACCCAGCGAGCACCGACCCGGCCUCUGCGGGACGUCCCCAGAGCAGCUAACAGGACCAGGAGACCAUGAACUGGUCGGUGUUCGAGGGGCUGCUCAGUGGGGUCAAUAAGUAUUCCACAGCCUUCGGCCGCAUUUGGCUCUCCCUCGUCUUCAUCUUCCGCCUUCUGGUCUACGUGGUGGCAGCUGAGCGCGUCUGGAGCGAUGACCACAAAGACUUUGAUUGCAACACUCGGCAGCCAGGUUGCACCAACGUCUGCUACGACCACUUCUUCCCCGUCUCCCACAUCCGCCUGUGGGCUCUGCAGCUCAUCCUGGUCACCUGUCCCUCUCUGCUGGUCAUCAUGCACGUGGCUUACCGUGAGGCCAAGGCACAGCAGCACCGCGCUGCAAGGGGGGAAAGCUACCGCUCCCGCUUCCCCAACCCCGGCAAGAAGAGAGGUGGGCUGUGGUGGACGUACCUGUUCAGCCUCAUCGUCAAGGCUGGCGUGGACAUGGUUUUCCUCUACAUCUUCUACCGCUUCUACAGGAACUACACCCUACCCCGCUUGGUGAAAUGCCAGCUGCCCCCCUGCCCCAAUGUCGUGGACUGCUUCAUCUCCCGGCCCACUGAGAAGACUAUAUUCACCCUCUUCAUGGUGGUCACCACCUGCAUCUGCAUCGUGCUCAGCGUGGUGGAGGCUGCCUACCUGAUCGGCAAGCGGUGUCGGGAGCGCCUGCAGGCCAGCACUGGGGAGAGCCACCAGGACAGCCAUGACUGUGCCGAGCCUGCAAGCACAGCGGGACAGGUGUUCCAUGGGGUGGGAUUCAAAGACCCCACAGCCUCCAUCCCCAGUGCUUCCAUCCCUACAACCUCUAUCCCUGUAGCCUCCGUCCCUGCAGCCUCCAUCCCUACAACCUCCAUCCCCACCACACUGCCUGAGCAGGAGAAGACUCCUUCCUAGGGCUGCUGGAGCACUGUGGCUACCAAGAUCCUACUCCAGAUAGGACCAUCCCAAGUCCUCAUCUUGUGAGCACUGGGGUGGCUCAACUAUGGAGAUGGGGCUCAGCCUCUCCCCUCCUCAUGGCAAGGCAGUUUGCAUCGUUCUGGUGGAUUUAGGGUAAGAGCAGGUGCUGCAAGAUGAGCCUGUGGGUAGCACAAGGCAAGGGGCAAACAGCUCUGUGCCAUGCAUUGAGCCUGCCUCAGCUCAGUGCCUCGGUGGGUUCCGAGUGUAUCUUUGCAGCGAAUAAAUAUUUCUGUCUCUAAGUGAUGUUCUCCUGCUUUUGGGGCAGAAAACUGCAGGGGAGAUCUCAUGCCAAGAGGGGCACGAGGGCUCUGCUAACCCUGGAAAGGCACCGAGCAGCUCUGGAGCUGGUUGUGAGUGAUGCUACUCUUAAUACAGCCACAAAGCACGAGGGUGAGGAGCCUGCUAUGGGCUGGAGAAAAACACCCGAGCAAAGCAGCCAAAUAAAGGAGAGG